AUGCGACGCUCGUCUCUGGCCUGGACCAUCGCCACGGCGCAUGCCGCCGCCAACUGUGCCAAGAUGGCCGGAUGCCGAAAUCUCAUCGGUGGGGAUCAAACGAGACCUAUCUUGGAGGGCGCUCAAAGCUUUACAGAGGUGGACGGCAGUUGUCAAUUUGGUCACGUGGCCAAGAAACACGAUUGCAAGCCGGGACCCUCCUGCGGAUACACACUCUUCGACUGCACCUGUAUCAGCGAAAGAGCCGCGGAGGAGAAUUCCACGGGCGCACGGAACAGCCGAUUCCUUUUUGGCGGGACUUCCGGUUUGGUCGCUGUAGCUAUCUUGCUGUGUGCUUGGCUCUGGAGACGGGGUCGCUACAAGCAACCAUCCAAAGUGGCUCCAACCAUCGGACUGCCAAUGACGCUAGGUCACUCUCAGAGCCCUUUCACGGGCAUUUGCAUCGAACAGGGGCCGGUGAUCGCGGAAGAUCACGGCACCAAGAAGGGAGCAGCGAACUGUGACUGUUUGACGAUCUUGCUCCUGGUGUUCCUACUUGGUUCUCUUCUCAUAGCAGGUGCAGCAAUCUUCGCCUCUGGCGUUGGGAUCCAUGUAGGAGAGUACUACAACGGCUGUCGAGUUUAA